AUGAGCGACAAUUUAAAUCGAUACAAUGUCGAGAAGAUUCUUGAUCGGAAAGUUGUGGAUGAUACGUCAUUCUAUUUGAUUAAAUGGCAAGGCUAUUCGAAUAAGGACAACACAUGGGAGCCAAAUGAAUGUGUUGAUGAUUGCCAAGAAAUGUUGGAUGCUUACGAAGCCAAACAGGCACGUCGAAUCGAAAAUGUUCGUUUCAACAAUGGCCGUUUGGAAUACUUAGUCCAGCGAAAAGACUCCAUGCUCUACCAAAUUCAUUCAUCUCGUGAAGUUUUUGCUCAAUGGCCAUUACUUUUGUUGGAAUUUCUUCAAAAAACUGUACACAUUUCAGGACUAGAACCUGCAAAUUUGAUUCCAGUUAAAGCCACCCGAACUAUUGGCAAUCCAAUACGAAUCACAUAUAUGUCAUUCCUUGGUGGUGAAGCACACUAUUGGUGUGAAUGGCCCGGUAUUGCCGGGAAUGGGAAAUUCGUUCCAAGCCGCGAG